AUGUUAAGACAAAAUUGUUUGAGUAAAUCCACUAAACGUAGAAGAAUACUUGAUGAGAUUAAUUUAAUUAAACGUUCGCUUACAGAUGACGUGUCUUCCCCACAAUUAGUAGCUAACAUUGUUGAUCUUUCACCUGAAAUUAGCAAUAGUCCUAAUGAUAUAACUUUUCAGGAUACUGCAGAUACGGUAAAUAAUUUACAAUUUGAACCUUCUUGUUCUAAUACAAGUUUUGACGUUGAAGCAAAUAACAGUAGUGUAUUUUUAAGACCUGAAAAUACUGAUGCUUCAGAUAGUGACCUGGAUCGUAUUUCAUCUUUGAAACAAUCGAUUCCUGAGAAUUUGUAUCAAAGGGCUUCUGAAAAUAAUGUACCCAAUAGUACAUUUGAUAAAUUGUUGAACAUUUUGAAAGGUCAUAAAUGUUUUCAAGAUCUUCCAAUUACAAGCAGAACUUUCUAUAAGAUGUAUUCCAGUGUUUCGUACAAUAAACCUGUUGAAAUGAAAAGUGUUUCUCCUGGGUAUUAUUAUCAUUUCGGGGUGGCUCAUAACAUUAAACAAUAUUUAGAUAAAUAUUUUUCUGAUGAAACAAUUAAAUUAGUCAUUGGAAUAGACGGCCUACCAUUAGCCAAGAGUUCAGGUAGUUGUUUUUGGCCGAUUCUAGGUUAUAUAAGACAAAAAAAUCAAACUGUUUUUCCUAUUGGAAUUUAUUGGGGCCAUAAUAAACCUGGUGAUAGUAACAUUUAUAUAAAAGAUUUUGUUGAUGAAGUAAUGUCCCUCAUUCAAAAUGGUAUAGAUGUAGACAUUUUCAACAAUAAAACUUUAACCAAAGUUCAUAAAAAUUUAGUUAUUGAUUGUUUUUGUUGUGAUAUGCCAGCUAAAGCAUUUUUGCUUAAGACAAAAUCACAUACGGGAUUUUUUUCAUGCACUAGGACUAGGUGCACAGUUCAAGGUCAAUAUUUGUGUAGAAGAGUUUGUUUCCCUGAUACAGAAUGUCCUAGAAGAACUCAUGAUGAUUUUGUUAAUAAAAUUCAACGACAAUAUCAUAGUAGCUGUGAUGACACAACAGAAAUAUUAAAUAUCCCUUCUCUUGAUAUAGUGAAGAAUUUUAGUUUAGACUAUAUGCAUGUUGUAUGUCUUAAUGCUAUGAAAAAAAUUAUCAUAUCAUGGAAAGGAGGAGAUGGCUUAGGUAGAGAUGUAAACAAACAAAAAUUAAACCCUAAUUUGAUAAAGAUAAUGUCAGAAAGACUUUUGUCUUUAAAAUAUAAAAUACCCAAAUGA